AUGUUUGGGUAUUCGAAGAGAUUGGCUUGCAAAAAGACAACCUUGUCUAGGCCUAAGACAUCUUUGUUCAAGUCCAUUGCCAGCUCCACAAGACCAGCAUCUGGAUUAUCCAAAUAUGAAACCUUACAAUUCUUGAAAAGCACUCCCGAAGGCAACAUUCAGUCACCCCAACAAGACCUGAAAAUGUCCAACAUUUGGAAACAUUCCACCAUACAGGAUAUACAAAAUAUCACUCCUCCUUCCCUUCAUUCGAAUGCUGAUGUUUACAAUAUCCUUCAGUUUUCCAAGAAGUCCAAAUCCACAGGAGAUAAUAAGGAAGAUAGUGGCAAAAAGGAUGAAAAGUCAGAAGAGAAAAAAGAUUCUGAUAAAAUCAAUGAUGUGACUGACCCUGCAAAGGAGAAGAAGGAUAAAAACAAUGACGAUCAGGUUUCUAAAUCGGAAAACUCUUCCAAGUCUCCUUCUUCCUCAUCACCUUCCGGCGCUGCAGCCUCCUCUUCUGCACCAGCUGGCAGUGGCGAUGGGGGUUCAGGAAAUGAUGACGACGGAUCAUCUGUUUCUUUUGCCACUUUGAAACCGAAAAGUAAUAAGACUUCGACAAUGGUAGAAUUGCCUGAAGUCUAUCCACAGAUAGUUGCAUUACCUAUUUCACGUCGUCCAUUAUUCCCUGGCUUUUAUAAGGCUGUCAUUAUAUCUGAUGUCAACGUAAUCAAGGCCAUAAAAGAAUCAUUAGAUAAAAAGUACCCUUUUAUUGGUUGCUUUCUGUUCAAGGAUGAAAACAUGGAAAGUGAUGUCAUAGAAUCCAAAGAUCAGGUUUUUGAAACGGGCGUUUUGGCUCAAAUCACAUCAAAUGUGUAUACCAAAGAUAAAGACACAGGUGUCGAAACAUUAACCACUGUUUUAUACCCUCAUAAAAGAAUCAGAAUAGACGACUUGUUCCCACCUUCUAAAGAGGCUCUUGACUCAAGUGUGUCCAAAGCUACGAUUUCGGAUGUAGACUCAGAGGAAACUUUAGUUGAUAGCAAAGCCAAGAAGCAAAUUAUCGAAGGGAUAACUGGUGAGAAAGAAGGUGAUGAGCCAGCUGAAACCAAAAAUAAGGAGUUAUUGGAACCUUCAGAUUUGGUCAAUCAAAAACAGAAUGAGGUGGUUGAGCACGAAGAAGAAGAAGAUAACCCGACUGCAUUCUUGAAGAAGUAUCCAAUAACUUUGGCUAAUGUGUCAAACGUUGAAGAUGAGACAUUCGAAAAAAGUGAUCCUGUUAUCACUUCUUUGACUGCUGCAAUUUUGGACGUUCUUAAAGAGAUGUCAUUAGUUAACAAAUCCUUUAGUGAUCAACUUGCAACAUUUAGUGCUUCACUUCAUAGUGAUAUUUUCAACUGCCCUGAGAAGCUUGCAGAUUUUGCAGCGGCUGUAACGGCAGGAAACCAAGCCGAUUUACAGAAGAUCCUUGAAUGCACCAACAUCUCUGAGAGACUAGAAAUGGCAUUAACUGUUCUUAAGAAAGAGUUGAUGAACAAAGAGAUGCAAAAGAAAAUCGAAAAGGACAUCGAGGAAAGAAUGGCAAAGAGACACAGAGAGUACCAUUUGAAUGAACAGUUGAAGUGGAUCAAAAAGGAACUUGGAAUUGAUGACGGUAGAGAUAAGUUGAUUGCAAAGUAUAAUGAAAGAGUGAAAAAAUUGAACAUGCCUGAAGAAGUUAAGAAGAUUUACGACGAAGAAAUCAAUAAGUUACAGACAUUGGAAACAGUUAUGUCAGAAUUUACGGUCACCAGAAAUUAUUUAGACUGGUUAACUCAAAUCCCUUGGGGUAAACAGUCUGUUGACAACUACAAUAUCAAAAGAGCUAAAGGGGUAUUAAAUGAAGAUCAUUAUGGUUUAAAGGAUGUCAAGGAUAGAAUCAUUGAAUUCAUUGCGGUUGGUAAACUACUGAACAAGAUCAACGGUAAGAUUGUUUGUUUCGUAGGUCCACCGGGUGUUGGUAAAACUUCCAUUGGGAAAUCUAUUGCCAAAUCUUUGAACAGGGAGUUUUAUAGAUUUUCUGUUGGUGGUUUGAGUGAUGUGGCAGAGAUUAAAGGUCAUAGAAGAACUUACGUUGGUGCAAUCCCAGGUAGGGUUGUCCAAGCUUUGAAGAAAACUCAGACUGAAAAUCCUUUGAUUUUAAUCGAUGAAAUUGACAAGAUAUCUCAUUCUCAUAGUGUGAAUGGUGGUGAUCCGUCCGCCGCAUUGUUAGAAUUAUUGGACCCAGAGCAAAACUCUACUUUCUUGGAUAAUUAUAUGGACUUACCUAUUGAUUUGUCAAAAGUCUUAUUCGUUUGUACUGCAAACACUUUGAGCACCAUUCCUGGUCCAUUACUUGAUCGUAUGGAAGUGAUCGAGAUUUCAGGCUAUAUUGAAGACGAAAAAAUCAAGAUUGCAGAAAAAUAUCUAGCACCAGAAGCCAAAAAGAAUGCAGGUUUAGAAAACGUCAAUGUCGAAUUAACUGAAGAUGCUAUCAAGGCAUUGAUCAAAAACUACUGCAGAGAAAGUGGUGUUAGAAAUUUGAAAAAACAAAUCGAUAAAAUUUAUAGAAAGGCCGCCUUGAAUGCGGUUGAAGCGUAUGGUGAUGAGGAAAUUGACGAACUUCUUGCAGAGGAAAAAGAGUCAGUUUUACCUGAUGGUCCAAUCGCGGAUGCUGCAACUGAAAAACUUGACAAAAAUUCAAAGGAUUCAUCCAGCACAGAAUCUAAAUCUAUCUUAGAUAAGAUCGAAGAGGAAACUUUGUCAUCCGAAGAAGCAGUAUCGUCCAAGGAGAAUUCCAGCGAGAAAAAGAAGAAGGAAGCCGAGGUCCCACAAAUUGUGAUUCCCGAUGAUUACAACUCUGUAAUCUCACCCGAAAACCUGAAAGAUUACGUUGGUGCACCUGUAUAUACUGCUGACAGGUUAUAUGAAACCACAGUUCCAGGUGUCGUCAUGGGGUUGGCAUGGACAUCAAUGGGUGGUUCUGCUUUGUACAUCGAGUCUGUUCUAGAGCAUGCUAUCACCAAGGAUUCGAGUCCUAAACUCGAAAGAACUGGUCAAUUGGGUGACGUUAUGAAGGAAUCUGUUAGAAUUGCAUAUUCUUUCUCUAAGAUGUUUUUGGCCAAGAACUUCCCAGAAAACAAGUUCUUUGACAAGGCACAGAUUCACUUGCACUGUCCCGAAGGUGCGACGCCAAAGGAUGGCCCAUCAGCAGGUGUUACAAUUACUUCAUCCUUCCUCUCUCUAGCUUUGAACAGAUCUUUGAGACCAGAUGUUGCCAUGACUGGUGAAAUAACUCUUACGGGUAAGGUUCUAAGAAUUGGUGGAUUGAAGGAAAAGACAAUUGCUGCCAAGAGAGCAGGUGUUAGUACAAUUAUCUUCCCUAAGGGUAACGAGGCCGAUUGGAAAGAGCUGCCGGACAAUGUCAAAGAAGGUAUGACUCCUGUUCCAGCUGAUUGGUAUCAAGAUGUCUUUGACGUCUUGUUCACUGACGUUACCAAGGAAGAGGGUAAUACCGUGUGGAAGGCAGAAUUUGACGAGAUCAAGAAAGAAGAACAGAAGGAUAAGGAAAGCAAAUAA